AUGGCCGAUUCCAACAUCAAGGUCGGAUGUACAAUCCAGACUCAAGACGGAAGGGAGGGCAUCGUGCGCUACAUCGGACCGUUGCAUAUUGCGGCUGGAGAAUGGCUGGGUCUCGAACUACCUGAAAACACUGGGAAGAACGAUGGAUCGGUCAAAGGCCAGCGCUAUUUCCAAUGCGCCCCGGGCUUUGGUAUCUUUGUUCGCAAGGAGUCGGCAGUGAAGAUUGUGAAGCAGUCUGGACAGGUAACAAAGACCAAUGGCCCGUCAGGUGUCAAUAGCACCGCGGCGAAACCCAGGCCUUCAAGCGGAGUGACUGCCGACGUCGCCAGAAGGAGGCAGAGUGUAAUGAGUGCAGGCUCCAGUGCAGCGGGCGGGUCGAGGUUAUCUAUGAGGUCUCCUACAAAGUCUCCCACCAAGAUCGUGCCCUCUUCUACCACUUCGAGCGCCUCGACCCCACGGACCGGUACGCCAGCAACGACUGCCCGAACAUCCGACUCAAGUACAAAAUCUAGAUUGAGCACGACCGGGAGGACUUUGAUGGGCCCGCCCACGUCCACAGUCAGGAGCAGUGCUUCCACAACCAGACAAUCCAUUGGAGGCGGUGCGGCCAAGUCGUCAGCAACAAGACCAAGCUCUGUGUAUGGGCGGUCGUCAUUAGCAGGCAGUAGGCUUUCUGUGAGCGGACGAGUUGCGUCGCGAGAGGAUGAGCAGGAGGCGGCUCCCACAAGCACUGCCGCACAUCGUUCACCUCCAAUACGAGAAGAGGCGCCGACACCCGUCGCUGUAUCGGAAACCGCAGGUGAUGAAUCUCCGGAGUCGUCGGCGUCGGUUGUCGAACCACCGGUCUCAAAGCCUCCGCCCAAGGAGCCAAGUCGUACUGCUAGUGGCGGCGCGCCUCCUCCUGCCGAAGACAAAUCGAGACAGGCACAGGUUAUCAAGGCACUGGAAACAAAGGUCCGCACGUUACAGAAACAGCGGCAAGAGGAUCAGGCUAAACUGCAGCGGGUACAAGAGCUCGAGAGUCAGUCCACGCGGUACGAAGGUAUAAUACAGACUUUACAAAAGAAGCUGAAAACAAAUCAACAAGAGAUCCAGGAGCUGAAAGCCAAGUACGAAGAUGCUGAGAGUCGUGCCGAGAAAGUGCCGGACAAGGCUGCCGAGCAUGAAACUCAACUAGAGCUGGCAACCCUUGAUAAGGAGAUGGCCGAAGAGCGAGCGGAAAUGUUUGAAGCAGAGUUGGAGGCGCUCAAGCUGAAGCAUGAGGAACUCGAGCUUGAAGUGGAAAUCCUCAGAGAGGAGAAUCGCGAGUUGACUUCGGUUAUGAGUCCAGAAGAAAAGGCAAGCGCGGGAUGGCUUCAGAUGGAAAGGGAAACAGAGAGGUUACGUCAAGCUCUGGUUUUGCUCCGAGACGUGUCACAGCAGAACGAAGCGGACUUGAAGAAUGAAAUCAAAGAACUCCAACAGAGCUUAGACGAGCUUCAACGGACGGCAUCGAAAUACGAAGAUGUAGUCGCCAAGCUCAAUCGAUCCGAAGACACCAAUCAGCACCUAAAGGAGCAGCUGGAAGCCGCCGAAGCGAAUGACGAUAUGCUGGAGGCUAUGGCGGCCGAACGGGAUCGAGACAGAAACCAGAUCGAGAUGCUGAAGAGGCAGGUCCAAGAUCUUGAAGAACAUAUUCAGGUCACAGACGAACUAGAGGCAUUCCACGUGGAUGAAGAGAAGCGUCUCCACUACCAAUUGGACGAGACCGAAGCGAUGCUUAAUGAAAAGCAGCGACAAGCCGCCGAACAGGAAAAGAUGAUUGAGGACCUGGAGUACACCUUGACCAAGUUCCGGGAUGUGGUCCAAGGUUUACAGAGCGACAUUGACGAGCUCCGGCGAUCCCGUGAAAUCAGUGAGCUGGAGGCUCAUGAGAUGAGCAGCAAGUCUCGCGCGAUGAUGGACCUCAACCUUCAACUACAGAAUUCGGCCACCAAGGCUCAGCUCAAAGCGAUUGAUCUUGAAUUGGGUAAGAUGCGAGCGGAGCAAGCUAGUCUACACCUCGAAAUCGUGCAGUCAUUCGUGCCAGAGUCAUUCGAUGUGGACAGAAGACCGAUUCUGGCUCUCUUGUGCUUCAGGAGGAUCAUAUCCAAAGCCCGCUUAAGCAAGACUAUCCUGGCAGAGAAGACGCGCGACCGACCAGACCUGGUACAAGACAAUCCUCUGUCCGUGUUUGCAGUUAUGGAGCAGAUGAACUUUGUUGCGAAUCUCUGUGGCCGGUUCGUGCAGCAUAUGUCGAGUUGUUCCACAGCGAACUAUAUGAAGUAUGGUGGGGCGCUGCCUGAUUUGGAACCUAUCGAGCAGACAAUGAAUGGUUGGAUUGAAGCCUUGCGUCGCGAUGAGCUUGCUCACGAUGGUCCUGAGCAUUUGCAGCGGAUGGCCGGCAUCUUGGUUGACCUGGCCGAAAAGCUGAUCCCAGAGAGUUACGAAACCAAGACGGCGCAAUUACUCUCGUCAAUCUCCAUGGUGGAGACUUACACAGAAAAUGUCGCCAGCCAGGCGCAACUCCUCGACAAGACUACUCAGGGCAUACUUGGGGUGCCGCGUGAGGAAGACGAGGUAGCGAGGUCUUUGGAAAAGCGGUUUGAACAACUGGGAAUUAAAGCUCGCACGGUCAAGUACAUAUCGGGCAAGAUAUCGCACACUCUAGAAGACCUUCAAGCACGAUCAAUGUGUAUGGGAGAAGCAACCUGGUCCGCUUUUGCCGAAGCUGAGGCUUGCGCCGAGAAUUUGUCGCGUCUCACUCAACGGGUUGGCAACACUGUUCUGGAAACACUCAACAAAGUGGAGCGAAAGGAGUCCGUGACAUAUUCCGAGCUUAUGGAAACGAUAACGAAGGCUGCCGAGGAAUUCCAGCAAGAACAUAACCUGCACAGUGGCGGUCCUGUUGAUUUCUUCGAGGCCACAACGAAGCAGUUGCAAGUUCUGCAGGCGAAAGUGGACGAUCUCAAUUCCAAAUCCGCAGAUCUUGCUUCGGCCGUCGAGUUCGAGAAGUUGCCGGCGCCCUGGACGGUGCGGGCCAAGGAGGUCAAGGCGCAGAAAGUGUUAUCGCAAGAUCUCCAGGAGGAGUUGGCACGACUGAAAUCCAAAAUCCAGGAACAGAGCAUCCGGAUCGGCGAGAAGGACAAACAACUUGAAGAGCAGCAAGUCAAGGUCGAAUUACUGGAGUCUCGAGCCAAGGAGACCAAGGUCAGAGACGACAGCGUCAAAGCCAUGAAAGAAGAAAUAGAGAAGCUGCGGGAAGAAAAUGCCACGGCGACGGAGAAUCUCCGCCGACUUCAGACCGAAUAUCAGACCAUGCUGGAAACGCAAGCACAUGAACGAUCACAGCUCGAGGCUUCCAAACAACGCAGUUUGUCCGAUGGGCCGCCGGGCUCGGUAUCAGGUGGCGUCGUGGACGAGUCGGCAAUGUUGGUGCGCGCCAAAGCGGAAAUGGAUUUGCUCAAGGUCGAGAUUGCCAGUUUACAAGCCUCUGUGCGGUUCUUGAAAUAUGAAAACCAUCGGCUGAGAAUUCCUGUGGGUGAGAUCAGUAAGACUGCGGUCGAGCAUGCGUGGUUGGACCCGAGCUAUCUCAAAGCGAACCCUACAACGGGGGCAGACGGAGACAAGGCUGCGGCGGCCGAGCGACUACGACAAGAAUCGAAAGAUAUGUUUGCCGAGCUUAUUGAGUUGGCUAAAGUCUCAAGACCGAUUAGACUUAGGUCCGGAGUGGAUCUCGUUCACGUUGACCACAAACAAAACAAAGAUGCAGCAACGGUGGAUGAUGGUGCUGCUGAAAAGAACAAGGGCCAGCACAAAGCGCCAUCUUCUGCUUGGAGAGCCGGAACCGGACCCGACACAACCUUGUACAAAGUCCUACGGUGUAGAGAGGAACUGGAACGGUGGAACGAAGCCAAAGAUGAUUUGGUCAGGAGAGCGCGGCUCAUGGUCCGGUCGGCGACCUCAGCACAAGCACAGCCAGGAAUCGGACUUGGACUUUGGCGACACAAGGAGGCAAAGUCACUGGAUAAUAAGAUGGGUUUGCCGUUGGGCUUUCAGAGCAAUGAAAAAGACGAAAAGAAACUGGCGAACGCGUACAACCAUGUUGGGUCUAAGAUUGGAGAGUUUGAUCCUUCGACUGUCACUGUCACAGCGGAUGGAAUUCGUGUCGUCUGA